AUGGCCAAGCCGAUACACGGCGGCCCUCCACCAGGUUGGUCUGGGGAUCGACCGAUGGAGGCGGUGCAGCAAGCGCUAGAAGCGUUGGAAAAACGCAUGGGUGAAGUCGUGGCUGAACUCGGGCAGAUCGACUUCGUGAUGGCGCUGUUUGACGAGGUCUUCCAAGAGCUGUUGGUCACGCAGCCGCCAGAGUCUGGUCUCUACACGCCCUUCGCGCUGCACUUUCUGCGCGAGCGGAUCAAACGGAUCGAGGACGCCCUCGAAAACAUGGUGAGGAUGCAUCGGAAUGUCCAUGGUUCCGUGUCUAAAAUCGGGAAAGAGAUCAACCGCCACUUCAUCCCAUCCACAAAGGGGUUGAUUCGCAACGAGAAGGAUCUAGAGGCCGACCCGAAAUGUGCUCGGAAUGUGCAGAACCUGAUCGUCAAUUACCUGAUGGGAACGGGAAAUGUGGAGAUUGCUGAGAUGUAUGUCAAGGAAUGCAACCUCCACGGCCGUCUCGACGAGUACCAAUCUUUCAAGCAGCAUUUGACCUCGGUGAUGGAGUCCUUCCGGAACCGAAACUCUGUCCCGGCCGCUAACUUCUUACAAAAGCACUACCCAGAUGAGAAGCGGUUGAUUUUCGAAUUGAUCCGAGUUCAGGUCAUUCGGUUGAUAAAAGAAGGCCGAAAACUUGAAGCCGUCCGAUUGUCGCAAAGAUUACCGGGUCUUGGCGCUGAUGGCGAGUUGGCCGAGAUCAUGGGUGUAAUCAUGCUGAAUCCGGAUGACGACAAAUUCAAGGAUUGCCUGAGUCCAGUGGUGUGGGACCGGUUAGAGAGGCGGUUAUCGGAAGUGAUUUUUAAGUCGCGCGUCAACCUGCCUGGGAUCAUCAGCAUGGGCGUGCGUGCCCUGCCGCAGCUGCUCCACGUGAAGGUGAUUAUGUCGAUGCGGCAGGAGCAAAUAUUUUCGAGCGACGAGUUGCCGAUUGAGAUUCCGAUUAAAGAACGAAUGCAUUCAACUUUCACAUGCCCAAUCCUUCGAUGUCAAGCCACCGAGAAAAACCCUCCUCAUCGGUUGUCGUGCGGCCACGUGAUCUCCCUUGAGGCCCUCGAAAGGCUGGCUGCAAAUGCACGGCAAUACCGCUUCAAAUGCCCCUAUUGCCCGAUUGAGUCGGCGAAAAGCGAGGCGGCACGAGUCUAUUUU